AUGAGGCUGAUGAGUUAUGUCUGGCAGCCAUACUUUGAUCACUCUGUAUUGGUAUCCUCGACAUCCCAGUUUUCUGUGGGACAUGGGAAGAGCAUGUGCAAAGUCCUAGAUUUGUUUCGGAUGCCUGCCUUGAAGCACAAGGCUGAACUUGAAGAAUGGCCAAGACCCAAGCCCUACAGAGGAAUGAGUAAGGAAAGAACGUUGGAGUUUUGGUGGUGCCACCUGAACAUUUCGAAUUCUCCUGCAAUUGCAACUCCUCUACGGAAGUGCACUCAUCAGAAUGAGGAAAUGGUGUGGGGUAAUGCUAAAGAAGGGUCCGCAGAUGAGGAAAACAACCUGUAUGUUACCAUAAUGACUUGGCUUUGGGGUGGUUUUUCGGGGCAGUCCUCAUUCUUCCACAGACAAGAAACUUCUAUCUUUUUCCGGACUACUGGGAUGGGAGUCAGUACAUCCUACUCUUUGUUUGACGAUUCCGCUAGAAAGCUGAACAAUCCUGAGAAUGAUUCUAGGGAGAAGGAAAGGCCCGGUCAAACCAUGGAUCUCCCCAAGGUGAUUCACCCUGGUGCUGAAAUCGAUCGGGAAUCUGAAAUGACGGCACAACACAAGCCGCCAUACCUUCGGAGGCUUCGCUUUGCCGUAGAUCCACUCUGGUUUUGUUCCAAACCUCCCCUUGACCCAUCCUCUUUGAUUCUAAUUGUGGGGGCAUUCAAUGCACUUGAUGUAGACCAGAAAAAAGAGGCUUUCCCAUGGGUUGGGAAAGUAGUCGCCUCUUCACUUUCCUUCAGCCGAUUCAGAUACCGAAUCGUAUCUCUUGGAGAGAGGUGCAGAAGCUCUCCCUUUGACUUGACUUAG